AUGAGCUCUUACUUUUCAUCCUUUACCUCAUCUGCCUCUAUAUCCACUGCGCUAGGCUCUCGCCUCACCAGUCUUCGCCGCGCUAUUACCCUCGGCGAUGAAGGAGACGACCCAGAAAACGAAGACAGCUCACACAUCUCCAACGCCCUCAGAGCCUACUAUAUAGAGAAAGGCCAGCCAUUUCCUCCAUGGCUGCCUCCUGACCCGAAAGCACCAGUCGCGGCGCCAUCCCGUAUGGUCGCAACUACCCAUGGACAGCCGGCUUCCCCCGCCGCUUACGGACGGGGUGGGGGUGGCGGAUUGGGUGAUCUAUGGGGUGACUCCGGCGCAUCUGCAGCACCGCAAGCACAGACUGCAAGCCUUCGCCGUGGUCGAAAUGGCAAUGGCAUGACGCCGCCGACGCUCACGGCCAGCGCACCACCCGGUUCUGCAGCUUCAUCUCCGCCGCCGCUUCUGUCGGCAAAUUCUCAUUCUCCCAGUCUCCAUCCAACUGGGACUCGACCUCUGCCUAGCCAGCGAGCUGGCUCUUAUCAAAGUUCGCCAGCUGGACGUGGACCUGAGAGAGCUGGAUCGGCGCAGGAAAGACUGCGCGCGCGAUUACAUGGGGGUCGUUCCCCCAGUCCCAAUGUUGACCCCAGUGUGAGGAAGCCAGUUGGGUCUUCUGGAAGAGCUUGGUAG